AUGCAGGUCACAAGAUUGUUGAGGCGUUUGCCUUUGCACCGGCCUGCAUUGCAAGCAGCGAAGGUGAAUGGUGUGAAGAGACUGGUCGGAACCAAGGCAAUGCCGGAACAGACGAUCACACUCUCUUCCAGUAUGCUGCGGAAGGCGACUCGCACAUUGCUGAGUGACAUUGACUUGAUCGUCUAUGACAUGGCCGGCACCACGGUUCAGGAAGGCGGCAUUGUGUACAAAACCCUGCAACGGGCCAUGCGUGAGGACGGGCUGAAAGUCUCUGAUGAGGAGAUGCAUGCUUGGCAUGGAGCGAAGAAGGAGGCGGUGAUUGAGCACUUUGCACUGAAGGCUGGAACACCACCGGAGGAGGUGAUGGAACGGGUGACGCGUAUCGGAGACUGGUUUGUGAAUGCUAUUGAUGAUGCUUACUUCAACGAAGCGUCAGCUAUUGACCACAUUGACAUUGGCCUUCUAGGCUACUUCAGGCAACUGAAAGACGCUGGCAUCAAGAUUGCUUUUGAUACUGGCUAUCCGGAGAACAUCCAGCAAGGUCUCAUCAAGCGCCUGGGCUUUGACAAAGUUGCUGAUGCUUACAUCUCCUCCUAUCAGGUCACUGAGGGCCGACCGUAUCCGUACAUGAUCCACCACCUCAUGGAGCAAACCAAGGUCAUGAAUGUGAAACGUGUCUGCAAAGUGGGCGACUCCGUGCGGGACAUCCAGGAAGGCCGCAACGCGGGUUGUGGCUUGGUGGUGGGAGUGCUCAGCGGUGCCGACAGCUUCCAAGAGCUCAUGAAUGCAGGGGCCCACAUGGUGUGUGAGCGUGUGACCGAUAUUCCAGUGCCGCAACGCCAGCCAACCCUCAGUAACCAACGGUUGCCGGAUUUUAGCUGA